AUGCCAGCAGCAGCAGCAGCAGCAGCAGAAGGCUCCCAGCCGGAGGGAGAGGCAGAACAACCAGAAGGCAGCUCUAUUGCUGCUGCUGCUGCUGCUGCUGCUGCUGCUGCUCCUGUUGCUGCUGCUGCACCUGCUGCAGCAGCAGCGACAGCAGCGGCUGCUGAUGAAGCAAGUAAAGCAUUGCUGCAGGCAGCAAGAGGAGGAUUUGCUGCAGCAGCACUGCAGCAAGCAGCAGCGCAACUAGGCAUGCUAAGCAGCAGCAACAGCAACAGCAGCAGCCAGGUGCCUCCUGAGGUGUAUGUACAGCUGAAGAGGUUUGCUGCAGCAAAACAAUCCAUUUGCUGCUGCAUUUGCUGCAGCACAGUCCUCCCUCAAGAGCCCACUGUACUGCAGGACUCUGCUGCUGCUGCUGCUGCUGCUGCACCUGCAGCGGCUGCUGCUGCACCUGCUGCUGCUACAGCAGCAGCUUGCAGCUUCUUCGGGACUGCCCUUCGGCGGCAUCUUCUUGCAGCCUUUGCGCUGCCGCCAGUUGCUGCUGCUCGUGCUGCUGCUGCUGCUGCUGCUGCCGCCCCUGCAGCAGCAGCGAGUCCCUGCCGCGUUACCUUGCAGGCUGAUCGCUGCUGCAGCAGCAGCAGCUUCUGCAGCAGCAGCAGCUCUCUCCGAUUGGUGGUGGAUGUGUCUUUGCUGCAGCAGCGGCUGAGCCCCGAGCUGCUGCUGCUGCUGCAGCAGAUCCUUGACUUCCCGCUGCUGCUGCUGCUGCUCUCUGGUGUCUUUGCAGUUGUGGGUUUCUGUCUACAGCUGCUGCUGCUGCUGCACGCAGCCAAGCCCCCAGCAGCAGCAACAGCAGCAGCAGCAACAGCAGCAGCGGCAGCAGCGGCAGCAGCGAGGUUUCCAUCAGCAGCAGGCUUCCAAUGUCCUGCUGCAGCAGAACUUCUGCUGCAGCCUCACAGCAGCAGCUGCACCCUUGCCUGCAGCAGCCCUACGUGCAGCAACAGCUGCAGCAGCAACAGCAGCAGCAACAGCAGCAGCAGCAGCGGGCAUCCUGCUGUUGCGUUGUUCUCUGCAAGGUCUGUUGCUGUGCUGCUGCCGCCAAUAGACAGUAACUUUCUUGCUGCUGCAGCAGCUUUUAUUUGCUGCAGCACAGCCUCUGCUGCUGCUGCUGCUGUCACUGCAGCAGCAACGGCAGAAGGGAUGCAGGCAACAACACUAGGAGCAACAGGUGCUGCAGCAGCACAAGCAGCAGCAGCAGCAGCAGAACAAGCCGUGCUGCUGCUGCGCGUCUCGUUGAAUUGUUGGCUAGGAGGGCCUCCUCUCGUUGCUGCAGCAGCAGCAGCAGCUGCUGCUGCUCCUCCUGCUCCUGCGACCUCUCCUGGUGCCCUGCUUGCUGCAGCAGAUGCAUUUGUUGCUGCAGCAGUACCAACAGGUAACUCUGCUGCUGCUGCUGCUGCUGCUGCUGCGGCGGAUUCGCGCCAUCUAGCGAAGGCAUGCAGCCAAUGGCAGCAAAUGAUAGGAGCAGCAGCAGCAGCAUCGGUAAAGGGGCAGCAGCAGCAGCAACAGCAGCUUCAGCAGCUGCUGCAGCUGCUACAGCACCCGUUGCAGCAGCAGAGCCCGUUGGCAGUGCUGUUAGCAGCAGCAGCAGCAGCAGCAGCACCUGCUGCUGCUGCACCUCCGCAGUACGCCACGCAGCUCCUGCGGCAGCUGCAGCAGGAAGCAGCAACAGGCUUUGCUGCAGCAGGAAGGCUAAGUAUAAGCGCCCUUCUUUCUGUUCCUGCUGCUGCACCUGCUGCUGCCCUCCCAUCCAGCAGCAUGCUGCAGCAGCAGCAGCAGCAGCAGGUGCUGCCGCUGCUGCUGCUAAGGCCACGAGAGUGUAGGGGAUUAUGGCUGUUGGCAGAGGCAGCAGCAAAGGCGGAACAUAUAUCCUUUGCUGCUGCUGCUGCUGCUCCUGGACAGCAGCAGCAGCUAGCAGCGGGGAAUUGUCUCGCUGCAGCAGGAGGUAUGUACAGCAGCAGCAGCAGCCUCCAGCGACAACUCUGCCGUUUGCUGCUGCUGCAAUGCGCAGAGGCAGCAAAGACUGUGUGCUGCAUCUGCUGCAGCACCUAUCCUAGCAGGCAGCAGCAGCAGCAGCAAAUGCCGCUACUGCAUGCAUGCACACAAGCCCGUUUUGCUGCGCACCUGCUGCAGCGUCUUCUCUCCUCACGUGCUGCUGACACAGCCUUCGUCUUCUGCUGCUCGUCAGAGCAGCAGCAGCAGCAACAGCAACAGCAACUGCAGCAGCAGCAACAGCAGCAGCAGCAGCCACGCGGAUACAUUUAUGACAUUGCUGCUAGUGUGCUUCAUCUGGCCCUGGCAACACAGCAGCAGCAGCAGCAGCAACAUUGGCAGCAGCAGCAGCAGCAGCAGAUGGCCUCUGGUGGGCCGCCCCCGUUGCUGCAGGAUGCAGCAGCAGCAGCAGAAGUUGUUCGAACUACCAGCAGCUUAGUUGCUUUAUUGGCAGCAGCAGCAGCAGCUGCUGCUGCUGCUGCUGCUGCUGCUGCUGCACCUCAUGAAGGACUUUUAAAACUCCGCAAGGCCCUUCUCACUGCUGCUGCUGCUGCUGCUGCUGCUGCUGCUCCUUCUCCUUCUCCAUCAGGUGCUCCUGCUGCUGCUGCUACCAGCAGCAGCAGCAGCAGAGGGGCAGCAAUUGCGCUAUACUUAAAUAUAAACAUAGCAGCAGCAGAGGUCUUCGUGCCUGCAGCAGCAGCAGCACCGCCGCUGCAGCAGAACCUCGAGCAGCACAACUCUCAGCAGCACCAGCUGCAGAAGCAGCAGCAGCAGCAGCAGCAGCAACUGCUGCUGCAGCAAAACGCCUUGAGGGCUAUAGAAGAGGCCUCCCUCGAUUUCCCUCUCUGCAUCCCUAUUCGAAGCAGCUCUGUUGCUGCUGCUGCAGUGCAGCAGCAGCAACAGCAGCAGCAGCAGCAACAGCAGCAGCCAAUGCAUGCAUUCUGGCACGGACAGUUCACGGAGAUGCAGCUGGAGCCUGUGGCGAUGUGGUUUGCUGCUGCUGUUGCAGAAGGAGAGAGGCAGGUGCUGCAGCGGCUGCUGCUGUGGUGCUGCAGCAGCCAUGCUGCACUUGCGUCUGUUGCUGCUCGUUGCUGCUCCCUGCUGUCUUCAGUUGCUGCUGGUGUCUUGCCACUGCAGCAGCAGCAGCAGCAACAGCAGCAGCAGCAGCAGCAGCAGCGUUUGCGAGCAGGAGCAGCACAUGCCUGUGCGAUGCUUUUUGCUGCUGCUGUUCACAGCAGGCCGCAGCCCUGCUUAACAGCAGCAGCAACAGCAGCAGCAGCAGCAGCAGCAAAGACAAGAAGUAGCGAUGAUGAUUUGCUGCAGCUAUGCAUAGGAUCUACACUACAGCUCUCCCCUACGCAGCAGCAGCAGCAGCUAUUCCGCUGUUUUGCUGCAGCAGCACAUGAGGCAGUUAUCCUAGCUCUUGCACAGCAGCAGCAGCAGCAGCAUCAGCAGCAGCAGCAGCAGCACAGAGGUGCCUGGCGCUUUGCACAAGAGCUGCUGCUGCUGCCCUUUGAGUACAGCGCAGCACUCCUAAGUCGCCUUUCUCUUGAGGACAGCAGCAGCAGCAGCAACAGCAGCAGCAGCAGCAGCAACAGCAGCAGCAGCAGCAGCAACAGCAGCAGCAGCAGGGGAGAGGCAGUAUCAGUGCCGAUGUGGCUAAGCAUGAUAUCUCCAAUGUCUGCUGCUGUGCUGCAGUUCCCCGUAUGCAUGCAAGGCAGCAGCACACCAGCAGCAGCAGCAGCAACAGCAACAGCAGCAGCAGCAGCAGCAGCAGCAGCAGCAGAUACACUAGAAGGUCGUUGCCGUUUAGUAUUAGAGGGUAUGUUGGAUAUAACACAAAGAGCAGCAACAGCAAAUAAUAAUAUAACUAGGCCUAUUAAUCAUUUGCUGCUGCAGCGUAAUGCUGCUGCUGCUGCUGCUGCAGCAGCAGCAGCAGCAGAUAUGCUGCAGCAGCACGCUGCUGCUGCUGGUGCUGCUGCUGCAGGUGUGGGGCUGCGGCAGGUGGAUUUAGAGAGAGCAGCAGUAGAGACUGUUUGCGAGAUAGUUGAGGUGUAUGCGCAGCUAGGAGCAGCAGCAGCAACAACAACAGCAACAGCAGCAGCAACAGCAGCAGCAGCAGUGCUGCUGCCUUUUGCUGAUGAAUUAUGCCAAUUUAUUGAGCAUUAUAUCUGCAGCAAACAUAUGUCUGCUGCUGCUGCUCGUCUAUUUGCUGCUGCUGUUGCUCUCUCUUGCUGCUGCUGCACCCCACCCCAGCAGCAGCAGCAGAACCUGCAGCAGCUGCAGCAGCAGCAAGAAGCAGCAGCUGCUGCAGCAAAGAUGCAGCAGGUAGUACAAUCAGCACUGCAGCAAAUGCUGCUGCUGCACCCCACAACUACUGCAGCAGCAAUCACCAGAGUGUUACAUAAGGGACAGCAACAGCAAUUUGCUGCUGCUGUUGCUGCUGUGGUGCAGCAACCGCAGCACAGCAGCAAGCUGCUGCUGCUGCUGCACUCUCUAGCCAAGAUUGCAGACAUCCAGCAGAUGCAGCAUCUGCAGCAGCAGCAGCAGCAGCAGCAGCAGCUGAGCUCAGCGCAGCAGCAGCAGAUCGUCAAUCUGCUGCUGCUCUCGCAUAUUAGCAGCAGCAAAGACAACCGCAGCUGCUGCUCCUCCCUCCUACCUAAAACGCCAGCAGCAACUGCAGCAGCAGCAGCAGCAGCAGCGGCAAUUGCAGCAGAGGACUGCUGCAGCAGCGCAACAGCUGCUGAGGUGUAUUGUCUCGCGCUGCUGCAGUAG